AUGAUUAAGAACACAACCGACGAAAUCGAGAAGAGCCAAAACGAACAGGACGAAAUCCUCACGGUCCGGCGAAAAUUAGAAAAACAAACUACUUAUUACGAUUUUUGUAAACAUUUGCUCAACAUCGACCCGGAAGACAGCGGGCUAUGGUAUUUCACGGGGGACGAGUGCCCGGUUUGUCUGGAAAAGUACAAAAACAUGGCCAAAUUGAAUCGUUGUCAGCAUUUGUUGUGCGUCAAUUGUCUAACGUCCUGGCUCGAAACGUCGCACUCGUGUCCGCUGUGCAUAAACGAAAUAAUUGGGUACGACAUUUUCGACAGUACGCUCAUGCGUGCCAAGUAUGUGACGGCAACUGAACAUUAUUACGCGUGCAAUUCAAAAGUUGACGUCUACACCAGCCCCGUUUCGGAUGGAACGGAAAGUGUUCCAAGUCCUCCAAUUAUAGUUUAA